AUAUGGAUGGCGUCACGUCCGCUGAGCUGACUUCACUUCCGGCUAGCAGACCCGGUCGGAGAAAGCUCGCCGUUCGGCUGAGUUAGCGCCAGCAGGGCCACCGAGGCAGCUCGCCUCUGAUUUCAACGUGACGGCGGCUACGUCCGGCUCCAAAAAGGCAUUGUACAAAAUCACAUUAGCGGGACUGUCCGUGGUGGAGUGACAGCAGGGAGAGAAGACGGCGACGAGCAAAAAAGCGAGGCCGCCCCGCGCCUGCCGCUGCCGCUCCAAGUACUCCAAGUACUCCAAGUACCCCAAGUACAAGAGGGACGCCGGCUGCCAAACUACUGCUGUCUCGGCAAACUGACAUCCGAGCAUCUCGUCACACACGCAAAAAGAAGAAGCCUCGCUCGCUUACUGCUCGUCUCGUCCUGGGGGAAGGGGUGGGGGCGGGGGGGGUCUCCAAACACAACAGCACCUGGAGGAUCCAUGAUGUCCGCCGCCAGCAUUGACCCGCAGAUCUCGAAGGGACAAGAUGCCAGCAAAGGCUUUCCGGUUUCGGUGCAGAACGGCUCGCUGCACCAAAAGGACGCCGUGCACGACAACGACUUCGAGCCUUAUCUCACCGGCCAGUCCAGCCAGAACAACAGCUAUCAGUCCAUGACAGACCCGUACCUGUCCAGCUACUACGCCCCCUCCAUCGGCUUCCCCUACCCGCUCAGCGAGGCGCCCUGGUCCACGGGCGGCGACCCGCCGAUCCCCUACCUGACUCCGUACGCGCCCCUCAGCAACGGAGACCACCACUUCAUGCACGACACCGUGUUCGGUCAGCCGGGGGGGCUGAGCAGCAGCAUUUAUCCGCACAGAUUUAAUUUCUUCCCCGAGAACCCGGCGUUCUCCGCCUGGGGCACCGGCGGUUCUCAGGGCCAGCAGACCCAGAGCUCGGCCUACGGGGGGAGUUACAGCUACCCGCCCAGCUCCCUGGGAGGGACUUUAGUCCCGGACGGCCAGACCGGUUUCCAUAGCGACACGCUCAGCAAGGCCCCGGGUAUGAAUAACCUGGAGCAGGGCAUGCUGGGUCUUAAAAUCGGCGCGGACGUGACGGGCGGGGGCUCGGGCGUGAAGACCGGCGGGUCGGGGAUCGGGGGGGGCGGCGGGGUGGCCGUCGCGGCGGGCAACGGGGGCGCGGCGGGCAUGCCGCCCCCCAAGCCGACGUCGUGGGCCGCCAUCGCGAGUAAGCCCGCCAAGCUGCAGCAGCAAAAGACCAAAAGCAAACUGGGCGCGCCCAUCGGGGGCGGAGGGCUGCCCCCCGCCCCCAUCAAACACAACAUGGUGGACAUUGACAUGUGGGAUAAUAAAGUGGCCGCCACGAAGAUGGCCGCCCCGCUGCAGCAGCAGCAGCAGCAGCAGCAGCACCACCACCACCACCAGCACCACCAGCAGCAGCAGCAGCAGCAGCAGCCGCAGCCGCUUCACUCCCACCCCGGCAGCCUCCUGCCCCCGCUGCAGCAGUCGCUCCAGUCGGCCCAGUCUCUGGUCCAGCAGAUGACCAUGCCGGGUCCUCCCCCUGCCCCUCUCCAGUCCUACCAGAACCACAACUCUGCCCCGACUCCGCAGACCCGCUGGGUCGCCCCCCGCAAUCGCAACCUGUGCUACGGCGGCGGGAGCUUGGACAGCAGCGGCUCGUCCAACGGCGGCGGGAUGGGCAACGGCUGCAGCGGCUGCGGGGGGCCCGAGCCGGGCUCCGAGUCGCACCCGGUCCUGGAGAAGCUGCGCGCCGCCCACAGUUACAACCCGAAGGAGUUCGAGUGGAACCUGAAAAACGGCCGCGUGUUCAUCAUCAAGAGCUACUCGGAAGACGACAUCCACCGCUCCAUCAAGUACUCCAUCUGGUGCAGCACGGAGCACGGCAACAAGCGCCUGGACUCGGCCUUCAGGACCAUGAACUCCAAGGGUCCCGUGUACUUGUUGUUCAGCGUCAACGGCAGCGGCCACUUCUGCGGCGUGGCGGAAAUGCGCUCGCCCGUGGACUACGGCACCAGCGCCGGCGUUUGGGCGCAGGACAAGUGGAAGGGCAAGUUUGACGUGAGCUGGUUGUUUGUUAAGGACGUGCCUAACAGCCAGCUGCGCCACAUCCGCCUGGAGAACAACGACAACAAGCCGGUGACCAACUCGCGCGACACCCAAGAGGUCCCGCUGGAGAAGGCCAAGCAGGUGCUCAAGAUCAUCGCCACCUACAAACACACCACCUCCAUCUUUGACGACUUCUCCCACUACGAGAAGAAGCAGGAGGAGGAGGAGGUGGUGAAAAAGGAUCGUCAGAAGUAAAACGGCGGCGCCUUGGGAGGAACCCUUCCAUAGCAAAUUCUUCUGGGACGGACACUCGGAGGAAAAAAAAACAAAAGAAAUGAAAUUCACAUUUCACACGAAUGGAGACCACACCAAUGGACGUGAAGAAUCGUGAAGACUUCAUAUUUUGUUUUCUAUUUAAUUUUGAUCCGCUGGCCCCCCCCCCCCCC